GAUAUACAACUUAUAUACUCUUAUUAUUCUUUUCUCUUAACUGUGUUUGGAGAAAACAGCAUGAGUUGUGCUGAAAAUAUUCACGAGAACAACAAGGAUAAAAGAGGAAAACUUAAUCAUUUAAGCCAACUUAUAUAUGUAUUUAUCUAAUGUAUUUCUUCACGCAAGAAGCUAAUAUUUGAAGGUUAAGCAUUUUCUCUUAUAUAUAGCCCCACCAAAUAUUCCUACAAACAUACUCUAUCAUUCCUCUUGUUUCCUUAAUUCCUUCCUUUCAUUUUUUCCUUCAUAUAAUCAAACCCUAGCUUUUUUGUAACCUAAUUAUUACAUCCAAAAAAUACUAUAAACCCUAGCUUUAGAGAUGAGUCUGAACUCAACUGUCAGCAGCGGUAGCGGUGGUGGUGGUGGAAGCAGCGGAAGCCCUUGUGGAGCAUGCAAGUUUUUGAGGAGGAAGUGUGUGCAAGAUUGUGUUUUUGCUCCGUAUUUCGAUUCGGAGCAUGGUACAACACACUUUGCAGCUGUGCACAAAGUGUUUGGGGCUAGCAAUGUAUCAAAACUUCUCCUUGGCCUUCCAGUUAACAGGAGGUUUGAUGCUGCAAUCUCUCUUUGCUAUGAAGCUCAAUCAAGGUUGAGAGAUCCUGUCUAUGGAUGUGUUGGUCACAUCUUUGCCCUCCAGCAACAGGUGAUGACUUUACAAGCUGAGCUCUCCUACUUACAAAGCCACCUUAACUCAACAGAACCACCUCAACCACCAUCUCAGGCGGCCACAGCGCCAAUUAUCUUCUCCUUCGCCGACCUACCACCGGCCACCGCGGCAACUAUGCCGGCCACCUAUGACAUGUCUACACUGUUUGAUCCAAUGGGCCAGCCUGCAUUGUCUGUGGAACAACAGAGGGCCAAUAUUGAGUCGGGUCAAUAUGUAGCUGCUCAUGGCCCAAUAUCAACCACUAGUUCUGGGCUUCAAUCAGUGGCAUGUGACCUUUCUCACAGACAAGUUGGUUCUGCAUCAGGAUCAUCCUCCAAAGCCUCAUCAUCUCCUCCCUUUUCCAAAUUUUAUAAAUGAUCAGUCGUGUCUUGAGUUUAAUUCAUUUAUCUUUUGUGUUCCUUUGACUGGACAAGGGAUAUAUUUUAGCAAGGGAUUUUAAAUUUUCAAACAUUUUUCAGUAUAGACCAAUUAUAUUAUGUAUUAUUCGUGGUUAUAUUAUUAUAUAUUAUUCCCUUCCUUUCGUUUUGCUAAA